AUGGGAACAUCUGCGGUGAUAUUUGAGAAGCAGAUAUCGAAUAUCUGCAGUCUGAUCGGCGAGACUCACAAUUAUGUCUUUUUUGACGGUCCUCUGAGAUGUGGACCGGCAAAAGGACUGCCGGCUAUCGAAAAAGGACCCUUCUACAGUUGGUACGAGGGUCUAUCCUGUGGCGAAGUCAAGACAGCGAGCGACCUUGUAUGGGAUAUCAUCGAUGAAGAAGGCCCUUUUGAUGGAGUGAUUGGCUUCAGCCAGGGUGCUUCGUUGGCUCUGCCCAUCCUAUACCACCAUCAGAUCAAUCGCCCCCACCAACCGCCACCGUCUUGCUUUGCGGUCUUUCUUUGCUCCGUGCUUUCGAUAUCCCCUGACCCAAAGUUCGACGCGGAUAUUUUCGACAAGUACAGCCGAUACUACAGGUCAUCUGACGAGCCAGGGCUUGAGGGUAACAUGGCAAAUAUCAGCGAAGAGGAUGAUGCAGUGGAAGAAGAGAAGAACAGCAUGAUGAAAAAGGUUCCGAAACGCCGCGUCAUGCUGCUAUUACCGGGCCAGAAAAGAGCAUUGGCGAACGACGUGGUUGGUCUCCUUCGUCAGUUGUAUGAGAACGCAGCCUGCCACGACGGGACUGCCCAGAAACUAUGGAAGCUGAGGGGAGGUGACGAAGGCUUCCCGCGGGUCUACCAUCCUCUAGUGAACAAACAGCGCAUUUCUAUCCCCACCGUGCACGUCAUCGGUCGAUCAGAUCCCCUGCGGCGGCAGAGCGAAUUGCAAGCCAGGCUGUGCAACAAGAGCCUGGCUCGAGUAGUGGAGAUUUCCGGGGGCCACCGAGUGCCUCGGACCUCGAGCGACCUGCACUCAGUGGCAUUUGCAAUCGAGUGGGCCAUCCGAAUGGCUCAGCUGCAGUAA